CAUGCCUGACAGUGAGACAGGAGGUGGUGUGUCUUUCACACACAAAGGAAAGUGAGGUAGACCCCCAGCAAGGCUCAAGACAACUUAGAAAGUUAUAUAACAACCAGAGAUAUCCCUGAGAAGACGAUCAACAUGGAUCUGAAGGCUGAAAACUCCUCAAACGGCCUGGCAUCAGAACUCAACCUGGAGAAAAUACACAGGAUAGCUGCAGAGUUGAUUCUGCCGGGAAGAUUCAUGGUCAGACUGCUGAACGCUGCCCUGGAGUUUGUGACAAACUUACUGGCCAGAGUUUUAGGAAGCAACCUGGUCAGAAGACAUUUCCACCUGAUGCUGUCGGGGCUCGUUCUCUUUGGACCUGUGCUGAGUUUCUGGGUUUCAAAGUACAGUAUCUUCGCUAACAGCAACCACUAUCUGUACAGGAAGUUCCUCAAGUCCACUUGGGGCUGGACCUGCAUCCUCACCGGGUCCUUCAUCCUCCUCCUCUGCCUCUCGGCCCGACACUCCCUCUCCCUCACCCUCCGCCACCUCUCUCGGAUAGGAAUCGUGGGGGUGCUGUGGCUUGGCUGUCAGCGUCUCCUGACCCUGCUGGAGGACGCAGCAGGAACCUGUUACGAGCCGAUGACCCCCGUCCAGGACAUCCAGAGCCCUGCCUCCCCGGUACAACCUCUACUGCUGCUGCAUGAAGACCAGACCAAGGCCUCCUGCCUCAGAGCCAGAAUGCUGUGGAGAGGCUAUGAAGUCUCCCAGGAUGUCCUCAUCAUCUGCUUGUGCUGUCUGCUGCUUGUCGAGGAAAUGUCCGUCUUCGGUAUUCACUUGGCCCGAGGGAAGGCCCAUCAGAGGUCACCUGGUGCCCCGUUAAGAUUCAUCUUCCUCUUGUGUGCAGUUCUGCUUGUUAUAUGGUUGUUCCUGCUGCUGUGUUUGCUUGCGUACUUCCCCAGUUUUCCUGCCCAGCAGCUGGGAGGAGCUCUGGGCUACCUGGGCUGGAGAGGACUCUACCAGGGAUGGUAUCGACUCAGACCGAGCUGGGGCUGCCCCGGUUUGCCAGGAGAGGGGCUUUUUACCACCGUAGGUACCCAAAAGCAGCCUCAACAGAAUGGUACAUGUGAUGAAAGCGAGGUUUGAAAUGUGUACUUCAAAGCUCAGGGUGUUUUUAAGAGAUUUAAAAUUGCCACGAAACCAAAAUAAAGGGAGAAAGACUCAAA